AUGGGGAAGGACAAAGCGGACAAGAAUCCGAGCAAAAGGCUGAGAGAAAAUGGCUCGCAAACGGAUGAAGAUGAUGAACAUGUGGGGGUCGGUGGAGUAAUGUCAGCACGCCUCGAGGAAAUGAACACUAAACUAGAUCAAGUUUUAACAGCGUGUGGUGAAAUUGCACUACUAAAAGAUGAAAUACACAAGCUGAGAGAUGAAGUAAAGAAUUUAAAACAAUCUUUGCAAUCUGCCGAGGAAGAAAUUGAAAGUCUACAAGAAAGUCAGAAAGAAACUUCUACACAAGUAAAAGAAAACAAUGAAGACAUUGACUUCUUGUUCGAGGACAUUGGAGCGCUAAGACGCAGAAACAUCAAGUUGGAAGCCUAUACAAGACGUGAGAAUGUAAGAAUUUUCAAUGUCGGGGAAGAAGAGGAUGAAAAUACUGAAGAGCUGGUAAGAAGUGUCUUCGUCGCUAAUUUGAAAAUUCCGGCGGAUAAAGUCAACGAUAUCCGCUUUGAGCGAGUUCACCGAAUCUCCACUAAUAAUUCUAGUCUAAGAGCUCCGUCCUAUCCCAAACCAAUUAUUGCUCGUUUCAGUCAUUAUCAGGACAAAGAAUAUGUUCGCUCCUUCUAUAAGAACUUAAAAGGAACCAACAUCGGUUUCUCAGAUGAUUUCCCGAAAGAAAUUGAAGAAAUUCAUAGAAAACUUUAUCCAGUGCUUAAAAAGGCCAAGCAGGAUAAGCAAAAAGCCUUCUUUAAUUUUGAUAAAUUGAUAAUCAAUGGCCAAAUAUACAGAGGAAAAGAAACUAAAGACCUUCCCUAUUAUUGUAAAAUGGCAAAAAAUUAUUAA